ACAUGCAGAAGUUCCCGCUGAGGAUGAAGGACAACGACCUUUUAGUCACCGAGCUUUAUCACGAUCCUUCAAACGAUGCCAUCACCGCUCUGUCUGUGUACCUCACACCUAAAACCAGUGUGAGUGGGAACUGGAUAGAGAUAGCCUAUGGGACCAGCAGCGGGGCAGUGAGAGUGAUCGUGCAGCACCCAGAGACGGUGGGAUCGGGUCCUCAGCUCUUUCAGACCUUCACUGUGCACAGGAGUCCAGUGACAAAGAUUAUGUUGUCUGAGAAACAUCUGGUAUCAGUGUGCGCAGACAACAACCAUGUUCGGACGUGGACGGUGACGCGGUUCAGAGGGAUGAUCUCCACACAGCCAGGCUCCACCCCACUGGCUUCCUUCAAGAUACUGUCCUUAGAGGAGACAGAGAGCCACGGAAGCUACUGCUCUGGAAACGAUAUAGGGCCGUUUGGAGAAAGAGACGAUCAACAGGUGUUCAUCCAGAAGGUCAUUCCCAUCACUAACAAACUGUUUGUGAGACUCUCUUCAACUGGAAAAAGAAUCUGCGAGGUGCAGUCAGUAGACGGAACUACGAUCACUUGCUUCAUGGUUCGGGAGUGUGAGGGUUCCAGUCGAAUGGGAUCUCGGCCCCGGCGUUACUUGUUCACCGGUCAUGGCAACGGCAGCAUACAGAUGUGGGACCUCACCACUGCGAUGGACACGGCCAACAAAGGAGAAGAGAGGAGAAAAGAAGAAGUAGGUGGGCCAACAGAGGAGGAGCUGCUGCAGCUGCUGGACCAGUGCGACCUGAGUGCUUCUCGCUGUGCCACGCCCAGCAUUAGCCCCGCCCCCUCCGUGCUGCACCACGCACGCCUCAGAGAGUCUUGCUCGAGUCUGCAGCUGCAGAGCCAGGAGCCCGUUCCUGAGAGCCAGGCCACUUACGGAGCGGUGCGGCCCUACAGAGAGAGCCCCCUGCUGGCCCGCGCUCGACGAACUGAAUCCUUCAACAGCUACAG